AUGGGUAAGCAGGCGGCACCCGCGCCUGCGAAGCGUGCAUCCAGCAAGAAGAAGGAGAAGAGCAGUACCCCUAAUGAGUCGGAUACUCUACCUACGCGCAAGCCAUUUGGCGAGGAGGACUCGGACGAGGAUCUGGACGACGAGCUGAUGCUGGACGAAGACGCCUCGGCGCAGGGUCCCUCGGCGGACGACGACGACCUGAUGAUUGACGACACAGUGACGGUCGAGGGCGGUGCUCCGCAAGGUGCUGAUGUGGAUGACACGCUGCAGUUUGCGCCCGUCAGUGCCGCGUCGCUGGCGGCGGCCCAAGCGAGUGCCGGCAGCGCCGCCAAGUCGCAGCUGCGCAAGGUUCCGAUCCCCCCUCACCGCAUGUCGCCCCUGAAGCGCGACUGGCCGAAGAUCUACACGCCGCUUGUCGAGCAGGCAAACCUGAUGGUGCGCAUGAACCCCCGCACGCGGAGCGUCGAGAUCAAGACGUCGAAGCACACCGACGACCUCGGUGUGCUCCAAAAAGCCGCCGACUUUGUCAAGGCGUACGCGCUGGGCUUUGAUGCGGACGAUGCGCUGGCGCUCCUGCGUCUUGAUGACCUGUACGUCGACUCGUUCGAGAUGAAGGACGUCAAGACGCUGCACGGCGAUCACCUUAGCCGUGCCAUUGGCCGUAUUGCCGGCAAGGAUGGCCGCACGCGCUUUGCGAUCGAGAACGCGAGCCGGACGCGUAUCGUCUUGGCUGAUACCAAGAUCCAUAUCCUGGGCGCCUUCCAAAACAUCCGCAUUGCCAAGGACUCGAUCGUGGCACUGAUUAUGGGCAGUCCGCCGGGCAAGGUGUAUGCCAAGCUGCGUACGAUCAGCUCCCGGAUGCGGCAGCGUGCAUAG